AUGCCUCACAACAACACGCCUACUCGACGACCCCCAGUAUACUAUAUCGGACAUGCUGGCGUACCACUCCUCUUUGGGGAUGAUGAAACUAUCAUAAUUGCUCGGCAAAAUCUACGGGCAAUUGGAGACGAGAUCCUAGAAUUGGAGCCACGGCCAAAGGCUAUCAUCGUGUUCAGUGGACAUUUCGAAGCCGGAGAGAUACACGUCAACGUGAAAGAUACAACUCAUAUCCAACAUGACUUUGUCGGUGAUUUUCACGAUACGCAUCCAUACGUGUACAAAUACGAAUGGGAUCACCAGGAUGCGCCCAAGCUGGGUAACGAGAUUUGGCGCCAUCUAAAAGACAACGGUCUCAAGGCGAAAAGAGUAGAAAGGGGAGUUGAUCAUGGCGUCUGGGUGCCUUUCAAAGUUAUGUUCCCACCAGAGCGGCCACUGGACAUUCCAAUCAUCCAAGUCUCGACUUUUCACGGUUACGACCUGGAAUCUCAAAUAAAUUUAGGGGAAGUUUUUGAAAGCCUUCGAGAAGAAGGAUACCUUAUCCUUGGAUCAGGCAUGGCUGUGCAUUCGUUUCCUUCGAUUGAAGAGAUCAAAAAUGCGCCUACCGAGAAUGAAAGAAUCUUAGCGAAGAAAAAGGUCCUACAGGAGACAAGGAACUUUGACAAUUUUGUCCGGGAGGCGGUUGCUGAGAACGACCCGGUGGCCCGUAAGAAUGCGUUGCUUGCUCUCGAGUCCCGCUAUGAAUUCAAGCGAAGCCAUCCCACAGUUGAGUUACCGGGCACCGAAUUUGACAAAAUCUCUCCUCAGCAUUUCACUCCGUUGCUUGUGGCGGCAGGGGCGGCAGGAGAAGCAAGGGUUGAACCUCUAGGCAUCGAUAUCAUUUCUCCGGGCAUGUCAUUUUUGAAUGUUCGGUUUUCGUAG